UUUCCCAUCUCCUCCUACUCACUCUCCCCUCCGACAAACAUGGCUGCGAAAUCUGACGGUGCCGCCGUCCCUUCGCGAACCCAAAUCCCGGCCGACUGUCCCUCCGGGCCGGACCGGCAGCCUCCGCAGAGCCUCCACGCCGAGCAGCGCUACUCCCCGGCGGACUGCUGCUGGACACUGGGCGCCCUUUUGGUCUUCUUUUCGGACGGGGCCUCAGACCUGUGGCUGGCCGCCGACUACUACCUCCGGAGGGAGUACUGGUGCUUUACUCUGACUCUAGUAUUUGUGAUUGUCCCCUCCGUGGUGGUGCAGGUGUUGAGCUUUCGAUGGUUCGCCUACGAUUUUUCCGAUACGCCGGAGAGCGGCACGGCGGCGGCCGCUGUAUUGGCGGCGUCGUCCGGGGCGGAUACGAACGACUUGAACGCCAAGGACGGCGGCGAACGGGGCGCUGGCCGCUCCGCCGCGGCUGCAGCCGGGAUGCUGCCCGGGCCGGCCAACGUGGGCCGAGCCCGGGGAUGCUGCAGAGUGUUCGUGUGGCUCUUCCAAGCCGUCGUUCACAUCCUCCAGCUGGCACAAGUGUGGAGGUACGUCCGAGCCUUGUAUUUGGGGGUGCAGAGUCGCUGGCACAGGGAACCCGAGCGGCGGCACUAUUACCGGCGCAUGAUGUUCGAGAGCGCCGACAUCAGCAUCCUGCGUCUGCUGGAGUCCUUCCUGAAAAGUGCCCCCCAGCUGGUGCUGCAGCUCUCCAUCAUGAUCAUCACCGGUCGGGUGCUGCCUCUUCAGGGACUUUCGGCCUCCGCCUCUCUGAUGUCCCUCGCCUGGAUGGUGGCCUCUUAUCAAAAAGUCUUGAGGGACUCCAGAGAUGAUAAGCUCCCCAUGAGCUACAAGGCAGUCAUGGUUCAGAUCCUGUGGCAUCUCUUCACCAUCGGGGCCCGAGCUCUCGCCUUUGCUCUCUUCGCUUCCGUGUUCCAGCUCUACUUUGGCAUCUUCAUCGUGGCGCACUGGUGCAUCAUGACCUUUUGGAUAAUUCAAGGCGAGACAGACUUCUGCAUGUCCAAGUGGGAGGAGAUCAUCUACAACAUGAUGGUGGGCAUCGUGUACGUGUUCUGCUGGUUCAGCGUGAAAGAGGGCCGCACUCGCUGCAGGAUGCUCACCUACAGCCUGACGGUGUUCAUUGAGAACGUGGCCCUCACCGUCACUUGGUACCUGUACCGUGACCCUCGUUCCUCAGACUUUUACGCCGUCGUCAUGGUGUGCGUGGUGGCCAGCAGCUACGCUUUGGGCACCUUCUUCAUGUUUGUUUAUUACUGUCUGCUGCACCCCGACGGCCCUGUCUCAAGCUGGGGCUACAUUGUGGAGAAGCAGGCGGCGGUAGAGACGCCGGUGUCCCCGAUGUCCAGCUUGCCCCCAGAUGUGGUGAGCAGCCCCCCCAGGACCUUGCAGAGGAUUAAAGACAGAGAGCAGGGCUCCGGGCUGGACGGAGAUGUGUUCCAGGUGCGACCGCCUCGAGGACCUCGGGCACCGGUACGCCACCCUUCACCCAGGACAGAGGGCCCUGUCAUCCGAAUAGACCUGCCCAGGAAGAGUUACCCUGCCUGGGAUGCUCACUACAUCGACCGGAGGCUGCGCAAAACCAUCCUGGUGCUGGAAAGCGCCGCUCCGGUCGCGCCGCGGAUUCAGUAUCGCUGCCUGGGCACGCCCAAAGAAGUGAUGGAGUAUGAGACAACGGUGUGAUGUGAUAAGACUGUCCAGCUCCAGAAUAACUUGAACAAGUGUGUUUGCUCAUGCCAAGUGCUAUGUUAUUGUCAGUGUAAAGCGCGAGUUGAGAAGGUCAUUUAACUGCCUCUAAAAUGUUGAACGCCCUUGUCAGACUUGUCAAUGUUUCAGUGACAAAGUAAUGCAAAAUUCACAGCGAGUGAACUGACCGGUACAUUUCUCGGUUAAAGCGGAAUUGUGAUUCAAACCGUCCUCUUCGUCAUGCCGUUUACAUUUUGACAUCACGAGAUCAAGACAAAACCUAACCAUCAAAGAAAACUAAACAAAUUGGCAUUUUGUGGGUUCAAACAGGAAGAAUCAGGAUGGGUGGAUGAAAGAUGGACGGACUGAAACAUUGAACACUUGGACAAGUGCGCAUUCAAACAUUUGAAGACUGUCGAUGUAAGUCAAAUCUUUAAAGGUUCUAGUGGAUUUCAGGUUGUGACGUGAUAGUUGGUUCAUCUCCACAAUGACUUGAAAAAGUGCAUUUGCUAAAGCGACAUGGUUGUCAGUGAUGGUGCAUACUAUGGUUUGUGCAUUUCUCAGGUGAGAGUGGUAUUAAACAACAAAAACGAGAGGUUUAAAGAGAGCUGAAGCGCACCUUCAAGCUGUCUGUUUAUUAAAAAUGGCAGCUAGAGCCCAAACAUCACUGAACACAAAGGCCAGACACUCCCACUGUACUGUACUUUUCAAUACUGCACAAACAGUGAUCAUCACCAUUUUCAAAAGCUGUCACUCACGUUGAAGGAAUGGUGGCUUUCAAAUCUGGAGGGGCAACAUCAGAGUUGAAUGUAAAAAGGGUAGUAAAGGUUUGAGCGUUUCUCUGCGAACAUAAAAACAUUCCUGUGUCAUUGUUGAGGUGAGCUCGAACAUUUCGAUAAUAAAGGGUUACACUUUGGCGCCCUGAGUGAAAAUAAGCAUAUUAAUAUUAUGAUACCCACAUGACGGAAGAAAACAAGAGGUCAGAUUUGCCAUGUAAAUGAAAUGAUGACGAUGUUAUAGUUGCCAGUGCUUGUUCUGUGUCCAAAUGUUAUUGCGUGAAUACUGUCAAAACAAGUUUUAGUUCCAGAUCGGAAACUUCCACAGAGAAUAGCAAAAGUGAUGGGUACAUAUAAAUGUCACAAGGGUUCUUUUCUUCUUUAUGAGAGGAUAAAAUGAGUGUAGGAAGACAACUUUACAUUUAAAUCCAUUCAUUCAAGGUGCGUCUCUUGGAUAAGGGAGUUUUGUUGUCAACACUGUCCAGACAGAAAUCAGUCAAGAGCCCAUUCAGCACCUUUAACAGCCCAAGAAGAAAAUGUCAAAUGGGAUUUAUGGUGCUAACUGUCAGACUCGGUCAUGUAUCAUCAAGCACACGGUGUCACUUCAAAUAAGCUUGGAAGGAACAGUACCUCAAAUGCAAAGCAAGAAUCAAAAAGCCUUAAACUGCUUGCACCAGACUGUUGUGCAAAAUGAGAAGGUAAAGUCAUGAAGUUUAUUGCUUGAAUAAAGAGCAAUGUGUUU